GAAGCCGCCGCACUGCUAUGGCUUGGGUGCCUCGAGGGGGGUCCCGCAGAGAGUUGGCUGAUAGGGCUCCUCUUUCUCCCUUCGCCCUCAGCUCGGCUGCUCCAAAGUUGGGGAAGGCUUAAAGCCUGGCAGCUCCCUUCCCUGAGUCCGCCUCCUUCCCUCCCUCCUCCUCCUCCUCCUCCGUGGAAAUCCAGGGGUUUUCCCCAGUCUCUCGGGCAGCCUCUGAGUCCAAGGCGACGAGGGAGGGCUCCUCCUGCUCUUCUUCUUCUUGGGCGGGUUUUGCAAGAAGAGAGGGACUCCAAGGAUUCCAAUUUCGGUUGAAGACGGUAUCCAGGGAACCCAUUUCUUUCUCUGGGAGCUGCAUGUUGGCUGUUGCUAAGGUUGCUUCCACAGUAACAUGCGCAUCCUGUUUACACCUUUAUCUGAAGAAGUUGGGUUUGGUUAGUUUUGCCAGUUUCACCUGGGGAGCUGCAGAGAAGAAAGUGCCAGUUCUCCAUCCACCACUCCAGCCCUGCUGUCUGAGACAGGAUCCACGUUUUCCCAGUUGCACAGGUGCUGCUUCUGAUGCUCUACAGGCCACAGAACUAGGCUGCUUUCUAUGUGGAGUUCAAAGUGUGCAUUGCCUGCUCUGAUUUUGCUUAGGAGAGAGAGAGGGCUGAAAAAGUAACACCCAGCAUUGUGUUGUUUCCUCACAAAACCUGCUCCUUUUUUGUCAAGAUGACGAACAACUCUGCAGAUCACCAUCCCGGGAACUCCGUUACUGAGGGAAGCCAUGAGGGGGAAUUUGGUUGCUCAGUUAUGGACCUCCGGAAUCUCAUGGAGCUUCGCAGUGGAGAGGCAGUAAACCGGAUAAAUGACACCUAUGGAGGAGUGCACAAUAUCUGCAAAAGAUUAAAGACCUCGCCAGUAGAAGGCUUAUCGGGGAAUCCUGCGGAUUUGGAGAAAAGAAGGCAAGCAUUUGGUCAGAACUUCAUUCCACCCAAAAAGGCCAAAACUUUCCUGCAAUUAGUGUGGGAAGCACUGCAGGACGUUACAUUAAUCAUCUUGGAAAUAGCAGCCAUAAUCUCAUUGGGACUGUCUUUCUAUCACCCACCUGGCGGCGACAAUGAAAUGUGUGGAGAAGCAAAGGGCAGUGCAGAGGAUGAAGGUGAGGCUCAGGCUGGAUGGAUUGAGGGAGCAGCCAUUCUCUUCUCUGUCAUUAUUGUGGUCCUGGUCACAGCCUUCAAUGACUGGAGCAAGGAGAAACAGUUCCGGGGCCUACAGAGCCGCAUCGAGCAGGAACAGAAGUUCACAGUCAUACGCAAGGGGCAGGUGAUCCAAAUCCCUGUGGCUGAGAUUGUGGUGGGAGACAUUGCUCAAGUCAAAUACGGCGACUUGUUACCUGCAGAUGGGAUCCUGAUCCAAGGCAAUGAUCUGAAAAUAGAUGAGAGCUCCCUUACUGGGGAGUCAGACCAGGUGAAGAAAUCUCUGGAAAAAGACCCCAUGCUGCUUUCUGGUACGCAUGUGAUGGAGGGCUCUGGUCGAAUGUUGGUCACAGCUGUGGGUGUCAAUUCACAAACUGGAAUAAUUUUCACUCUUCUGGGUGCUGGAGAAGGGGAAGAGGAGAAGAAGGUCAAGAAAGCAAAAGCACAGGAUGGUGUGGCCCUGGAGAUCCAGCCACUGAAAAGUCAAGAAGGGGUAGAAAACGAGGAGAAAGAAAAGAAAAAAGUCAAGGUCCCCAAGAAGGAAAAGUCUGUAUUGCAGGGCAAGCUCACCCGCUUGGCAGUUCAGAUUGGAAAAGCAGGACUGAUCAUGUCAGCUAUCACAGUGAUUAUCCUGAUGUUGUAUUUUGUGAUCGACACCUUUGGGAUUCAAGGAAGGGCAUGGCUGGCUGAAUGUACCCCCAUUUACAUCCAAUAUUUUGUUAAGUUCUUCAUCAUUGGUGUCACUGUGCUUGUGGUCGCUGUGCCUGAGGGCUUGCCCCUGGCAGUCACAAUCUCUUUGGCUUACUCUGUGAAGAAAAUGAUGAAAGAUAACAAUCUGGUUCGUCACCUGGAUGCUUGUGAGACAAUGGGCAAUGCCACUGCUAUCUGCUCAGACAAGACAGGUACUCUGACCAUGAAUCGUAUGACGGUGGUGCAAGCGUAUGUGGGUGACACCCACUAUCGACAGAUCCCUGACCCAGAAGCCAUUCUGCCCAAGAUUCUGGAUCUCAUUGUCAAUGGUGUUGCAAUAAACUCUGCAUACACCUCUAAAAUUUUGCCACCAGAAAAAGAAGGAGGUCUACCCCGUCAAGUUGGAAACAAGACAGAAUGUGCACUUCUGGGCUUUGUGCUGGACUUGAAACAGGAUUAUCAAGCUGUUCGUAAUGAAGUGCCCGAGGAAAAGCUUUACAAGGUCUACACUUUUAAUUCAGUCCGCAAGUCCAUGAGUACUGUGUUGAAGAAUCCAGAUGGGGGCUUCCGUAUGUACAGCAAAGGAGCUUCCGAAAUCCUACUGCGCAAAUGCACAAAGAUCUUGGACAAGAAUGGGGAACCCCGAAUCUUUAAGGUGAAGGAUCGAGAUGAAAUGGUGAAAAAAGUGAUUGAGCCAAUGGCUUGUCAAGGGCUGCGCACCAUUUGUCUAGCCUACCGGGAAUUCCCUGCCGGCGUUGAGCCUGAUUGGGAUGCUGAAAAUGAGAUUCUGUCUGACCUUACCUGCAUCUGUGUGGUUGGCAUUGAAGACCCUGUUCGGCCAGAGGUGCCUGAUGCCAUUCUGAAGUGCCAACGUGCUGGUAUUACUGUCAGGAUGGUGACAGGUGACAACAUCAACACAGCACGUGCCAUUGCAACCAAGUGUGGGAUCUUGCUGCCCGGGGAAGACUUCUUGUGCUUGGAAGGAAAGGAGUUCAAUCGGCUCAUUCGCAAUGAAAAAGGAGAGGUGGAGCAAGAGCAGCUGGAUAAGGUCUGGCCCAAACUACGAGUCUUGGCACGUUCUUCACCCACAGAUAAACACACACUUGUGAAAGGAAUUAUUGACAGUACCAUUGGAGAACAGAGACAGGUGGUAGCUGUGACUGGAGAUGGCACUAAUGAUGGCCCAGCCUUGAAGAAAGCAGAUGUUGGAUUCGCUAUGGGCAUUGCUGGUACAGAUGUGGCUAAAGAGGCCUCAGACAUCAUCUUAACAGAUGACAAUUUUACAAGCAUUGUCAAGGCAGUGAUGUGGGGUCGCAACGUGUAUGACAGCAUCUCCAAAUUUCUUCAGUUCCAACUGACGGUCAAUGUAGUAGCUGUGAUUGUGGCUUUCACAGGUGCUUGCAUUACACAGGACUCUCCUCUGAAGGCUGUCCAGAUGUUAUGGGUCAACCUGAUCAUGGAUACCUUUGCCUCAUUAGCCCUUGCCACAGAACCCCCAUCAGAGUCCUUGCUCCUGCGCAAGCCAUAUGGCCGCAACAAGCCACUUAUUUCCCGCACCAUGAUGAAGAACAUCCUGGGGCAUGCCGUGUAUCAGCUCACCAUUAUCUUUACACUACUUUUUGCAGGUGAGAAGUUCUUUGAUAUUGACAGUGGCCGGAAUACUCCACUCCACUCCCCACCCACUGAACACUACACCAUCGUCUUCAACACGUUUGUCAUGAUGCAGCUUUUCAAUGAGAUCAAUGCUCGUAAAAUCCAUGGUGAGAGGAAUGUAUUCGAGGCCAUUUACCGGAACCCUAUCUUCUGCACAGUGGUGCUAGGAACCUUUGUUUCUCAGAUCAUCAUUGUUGAAUUUGGUGGAAAGCCAUUCAGCUGUUCUGGACUUACCUUGAGUCAGUGGUUCUGGUGUAUUUUCAUUGGUGUUGGAGAGCUGCUUUGGGGCCAGUUGAUCUGCACUGUCCCAACCAGUCAACUGAAAUUCCUGAAGGAAGCAGGGCAUGGCACUACCAAAGAGGAUAUGGCAGAUGAAGAGUUGGCUGAGGGUGUAGAUGAAAUUGACCAUGCUGAAAUGGAACUUCGACGGGGACAGAUUCUGUGGUUCCGAGGCCUCAACAGAAUACAAACUCAGAUGGACGUAGUUUACACAUUCCAGACCGGCGCCUCCUCUUUACAGGGAGCCCUCAGGAGACAGCCUUCCAUCGUGAGCCAACACCACGAUGUAAAAAAUGUUUCUAGCCCAACCCAUGUAGCUCUUUCCUCCGUCAAUUCCACUCCCACCACUUCUGCUGCUGCUGCUGCUGCAUCUCCUCCUGCGGGCAGUGAGUGAUAGUCUAUUCAAUGCAUGACUUCCUAAUAACCACCAAAGGGCACUCGCACAGACCUAACCAAACCUGUUCUCUUUCCCUUUUCUUUUAACCCAUAACUUGAUUUAUGGUUUCUUGUCUUGAGAAUUGGGAGGAAGUACAGGGGAAUACAUAUCUGUGCAUAUGUGUGGAUGUGUGCAUACAACCUUUUAAAAAAAGCUCUUGCUUCUUCAACUUUAUGUUUAAAUUCUUUCUUGUUCUUUUUCUGAUUCUUCUCCACUAUUGCAACUUUUUCUCCUUGCAGGACUGAAUUACGAUCCCCAUAUACGUGCAGGAGCACUAAGCUUUUGGGUGCUCUUCUUGGAAAGAUCUGGGAAGGGGGCAGAGAUAGGGCUAACAGUCACAAGUUAAUAUAGAGAUGUGGAAAGUCCAAAGUCUGUUUUCAGCAGCUCUGUCCAAAGUCAGGUUUUCAGCAGUAAUCUCUUACUUUGGCCAAAAUUGCAAGCUCUUCUAGUUGUAUUGGAAGUUAGUAUUUUCAUUUGUAGAACUCUAGAAGGCAUUGUUUAUUUGGCAGUAAACCCAGAUUGAACUGAGUGGAAUUUAUUUUAGAGUAAAUGUGUGUCAUACCAGGUUUUGUCAAUAACAUUUUCAAAAAGGAUUUUUGAUUGUGCUGACUGAUUCAAGUUAGGAAAAAACCAUCUCAGCACUUUUAGUUUUAGGAUUUUGCAUGUUGUCCAUCAAGGACAGUGUGGGAAAAUCUUGUUUGUGAUAAUACGUACUGGAACACUUCUAAUAAUUAUAACCUAGUUUCCCUUCUAGACAAGUAUCUCAGUUCUAAUAAAAUGAAUUGCAAAUUUAAAAUGAUAUUUGUCACAAUGCAGAGAGCGAUGCUCUUGUAAUCCAGGAAGAAAUACCUUUUCACUAAACCUUACAAGCUGUAUAGUGAAAUUGAAAGCUUUUUAUUUUAGGGAAUCACAGUGGCUAUUUUAAAUGGUUCCUUACUCUCAGGCCUCCGUGUAUUUUCAGCUUCUCAGGCCUUGCUUGAUUCUAUGGCUUUAGUGACUCUGCUUCUGCCUAGUAGUAGAGUUCAUCUGUGUACAUAGACUUUGGUAGCUCAGCUGAUUAGAAGUUGGGUUCCUACAUAUGCAGGCAUAUGUAUGGCAGGUGUGAAAAUUUGACCCAUGCAAUAAGGUGGAAGUCUUUGCAUCUAGAGGCAUGCAUUUUAGUAGUGGUUUGUUUUUUAAGAAGCUAAGAGUAUUUAUUUAACGGUGUCCAGCAUUAUAGAUUUAUGUUAGCAUCUUAAUCUCUUUUCUUUGUGACCAGUAUUUCAAGGAGGUCAGUUUUCUUGACAAUCCAUAUGUUGGCCUUAGCCAAUGCUGGCAUAUUUUAAAUGUAUUGUAUAUACUCAUGUAUAAGUCUAGAAAUUUAGGUCAAAAAAUUGACCCCAAAAACCUCAGUCGACUUAUCCAUGGGUCAAUGUAAGUAUUGUACUUUAACUCUUAUUUUAAAUAAUGAACCAUCCCCAGGUGAAAAGCAAGAGUAUAAUCUGUACUGGAAGCACUAAAUCCCUCUAGUCUCUUAUCCAUCCAGCCUUAAGAGUAAGCACGAAGAGUUAUGUCUGCUGGAAUUUUGUAAGUUCUUUGACAUUAUUUUGCUUUGCUUCAUUCUUUAGAUCCUUUGCUAUAUGCCCC